UUGAAGGGUAACGGUUGGAAACGUAAUACAGUGAGGCGAUAUCAUGUGCUAAAAGUGUCACCGAGAGAAAUAUUGCCAAUAACGAUAAUCAAAGAGAGUGGUGUGAGAAAUAUGAUCCUUUAUUGGCUUCACAUGUCUAACAUAUAUCAGACAAAUCGUAAGAAAGAAAAAGGAUGUUCAAGAAAUACUGUCUCUGACAACAGAUAUCUUGAUUUAUUCACUUUUCUCUUCAUUUUUCUUUCUUUUCUUUCACAGAUUCCUAGUAACAUGAUCGGAUUCAAUUCCCGCAAUGAGACGAUAAAACUUCCACCCGCUGAUGUCAUCCCCCCAAUCUUACUGAGCACUGAGACCAACUUCAGAGGUGUCCAAAUGUACAUAAUAACAGCAUAUUUCAAGCACCCGAGUCUGAUCUGCAGUCCGUACGCAUAUAACGUGCACCCAGGGAAAGGCCUCUUCAUACAGAUGGGGUACAACGUGGAGAAACAGUACGAGAGAAUCCCUCUCGAGUCAAGGCGGCUGUCCUCCCAGUGGAAACAGGGCAGCUGUAUACCAAAAAUGGGUCUUCACUACUUUAAAAACCUGACUCCAAGACAACCAUGCGAGAAGCUGUACCCUGUAUUCCUCAUGUACAACUCACAAGGACAACUGGGUGCAUUUGGGUGGCUCUUCCAAGGAACGCCCCCUACUUAUAAGUACAACAAUGACGAACUCAAGUGGUUCAAACUCAGCCCUCCCUACUAUCCUUUCACAUUCCAGACGAAGCAGCUGCCAGCUUGCAUGUUCAACCCGGAGUUUCGCGUUUUCGGACUUCACAUCUGGUUACGGAAUGCCGACAACAUGCUCUGCCCCGUGCCCACCAGACCCCCGAAACUGACGCGACCCCAACCCCCAACACGGCCGGUCAUCAGAACCACGCAGUCACCCGACAACAACAACAUCAUAGUGAUCGAGGACAAUUCCUCGUCAAACAAGAGACUUUCUACAGACGUAGUUUUACUUUUAAUGACAGUGUGUGUGGUUUUAUCAAUGCAGUCCGAUUUGAACGUUUUACAUCUGACAACAACAGACUCUGUCUCAGGAUUAUCCUAGGAUAAAAUGAAAAGAUGUUUUCAAGUAUCACAUACAUAUUAAAAACAAACAAAUUAUAUAUUUAUGAUGAUUAUCAUUUGUUGAUCCAUUUGUGAUAUCAGUGUUUGCUCUAAUGGUGCUGUCAUACAGUGUGAGUUUCAAGCACCAGCUUCAUCACCAAGAACAACCAGCUUGUUUUCUUUUGGAAGUUAAAAGUGAAACUAUAACAUGAUGAAUGCAUUUGACAGGGAUGGAGGAAAUGUUCUGAGAUAUCUGGAACUCUUUGCCAAAUCUUUGAAAAUUAUUGUGAACUGUUUUCAAAGAACAAGCAUAGAAACAGGUUUAGGUUUGUACUAAAAUCUGGAAAUUUGUGAAGGUUUUUCAUAUCUGAUCAUAUAUAUCUAAGCAUGAUUUAUUUUACAGAAACAUUUUCCAAACAUUUUACUGAAACAUUUUCCAACAGUGUAUUUUUUUGUGUGGUAUGGUACAGCAUUAUAGGGUGAUAGAUGAUACAUUUGUAUAUCCAGUAGAAAUAUUUUUGCAGUUUUUGUGAUGAGUUUUUAGCGUGCUUUACAGCCUAUUAAAGUGUUAUUAAUUCAUUAAAUUUGAAUGACAAAACUGUAUUUCUUGAUCAAAAUUGUAUCUCUGCACAAGGCAGAGUGGAAAAUAUAUGCAAAAGCUAUCUUUUCUUUAAUAAUAUAGCUGUCUUUUCUUUCUUGAAUUUUAUUUUAUUUUAAAAAAAAUUCCAUAAAUGCUUCUUAACUACAGAAUGUUGUAAAUUACUAGCUUCUCACAGUUCUAGCAGCUUAAAAUGGUCGACUUAAGUAAAAUAUAUUGGAACAUUUUAAUUGUUUCAUACUAAUUUUCGAAUGUAUCUUACCCAAUGACAGUUUGAAUAUCAGAAGUACACGUGUAACUGGCAUCAGAGUCCAGUUUGAUGACUAUGUUUAGUCGAAGUUUUAAUUCAGUAUUGGAUGGUUAUUUCUUAUUGUAUGUUACUCUGUAUGACAGCACCUUUAAGGGUUUGCCUUAACACAAUCUUGUUUAUGUCAGCUAUAUAGAAUCUCUUGUCCUUUUCAAAAAGUUAAUAAUUUAAUAAUAAUUUAAAUAUGACAGAACAAAAUGCUGAUCUAUCCUUUUCAAAAUUUUAAUUAUAAAUAAUUAUAAAAAUAUGACAAAACUUAAAAUGAUACCAUAUGUACUUGAUCAUCUUCUAAUAAAAACAAAA